AUGGAUGGAGAAGGAGGAUCGUCCGGGCUGGUCAAAUCAGCCGCCGUCAAACUGUCCGAGAUGGGCGAAAGAACCAAGCAGUUAGGCACCGCGAUGAAGGAUCCUCACCAGCAAAGGCGGAUCAUAUUAGUGAUUGUUUGCGUGGCUCUCCUGCUGGACAAUAUGCUCUACAUGGUAAUCGUGCCAAUUAUUCCAGACUAUCUUGCGGAGCUGGAGAGUGAGCAGUCAGAGCACGUCCACGUCGUGAUGCACCCCAACACUUCAGCCAACAGCACAAGCCAAGACAAAAGCAUCAAGGACAAUUUAGAUGUCCAGAUAGGAGUACUUUUUGCGUCUAAAGCCAUCCUGCAGCUGUUAGUCAACCCGCUGUCGGGAACUUUCAUAGAUCGGGUCGGAUAUGACAUUCCACUUUUAAUUGGACUGACUGUUAUGUUCGUGUCCACCUGCAUUUUUGCGUUUGGGGAGAACUAUGCCACGCUCUUCGUGGCCAGAAGUUUGCAGGGUCUGGGGUCUGCAUUCGCGGACACCUCAGGAAUCGCCAUGAUAGCCGACAAAUACACGGAGGAGUCCGAGAGAAGCACGGCGCUGGGCAUCGCGCUGGCGUUCAUCUCUUUCGGGAGUCUGGUGGCGCCUCCUUUCGGGGGCGUCCUGUACGAGUUCGUAGGCAAGCGAGUGCCCUUCAUCGUGCUCGCCUGCAUUUGCCUGGCGGACGGCUUUCUGCUGCUGACAGUGAUCAAGCCGUUCUCCAACAGGACUAGAGAGAACAUGCCAGUCGGCACCCCCAUAUACAGACUCAUGAUUGACCCGUACAUAGCCGUGGUGGCCGGGGCGCUGACAGUGUGUAACAUCCCCCUGGCCUUCCUGGAGCCCACCAUCGCCAACUGGAUGGAGACCACCAUGCACUCCACUCAGUGGGAGAUGGGGCUCACCUGGCUCCCAGCCUUCUUCCCUCACGUUCUCGGUGUGUACAUAACAGUGAAAUUGGCAGCGAAGAAUCCAAAUUUGCAGUGGUUUUACGGAGCUUUAGGUCUGGUUAUCAUAGGAGCGAGCUCCUGCACAGUCCCCGCAUGCAAAACUUUUGGGGAGCUCAUCGCCCCGUUGUGCGGCAUUUGUUUUGGCAUUGCACUGGUCGACACCGCCCUGCUGCCGACCCUCGCGUUUUUAGUUGACGUGCGUCAUGUUUCGGUGUAUGGUAGUGUUUACGCUAUAGCAGAUAUUUCCUACUCUGUCGCAUAUGCUAUGGGUCCGAUAGUAGCCGGCCAAAUAGUGCACACUCUCGGGUUUGUGCAACUUAAUCUGGGCAUGGGCCUCGUCAAUGUGCUUUACGCGCCAGCCCUGUUGCUGCUGCGCAACGUGUGCCAAAUGAAACCGUCCUACUCCGAGAGAGAUAACCUGUUAGAGGAGGCUCCACAGGGGCUGUACGAUACUAUCAAGAUGGAGGAGAGGAGGGCUAAAAAGAAGGGCUACAGUUCGGCAGGGAAUUGCCUGUCAGUAGAUGAAAAUGGGUUUGACCCCUUCAAAGCACAGCGGUCCUUGUCAGAAGAGUCGUCCGGUCCGGAGUUCACUUAG